AUGAAUUAGCUAAUAUUUAUUAUGUUAGUGUGGUUGAUAAUUUCAUAGAGUUUUGAAUAAUAUUGGGUAAGGAGAAAGAUAUCUUUUAAAAGUAAUAAUUUUUUAUUUAUAAAUAAAUAAAAAGAAAAUAAAUCAUAAAAUAAGAAAACCUUAAAUAAAAAGAUUGAAAAAGGAAAAAGGUUUAUUACGAUCGUUGUAGAGAAACAAUACAUAAUAAAAAACCAAAUGAAUCAACAAUCAUAAUUUUUAACUCAGUCUAGGCAAACUCCCACUAGAAGUGUUAAUGUUCGUUCUCCUUCAAAAAGUGGAAUCAAGUCACCCACUUAUCGCGGAGACUAUGCCUAAACACGCAAUUUACCCUCAACUAAUCCCAUUCGCGCUCCCACUCCAGAUUUGAUGCCCCGUCAUGAACGUAUUUCUUCCACUGCUGUUCCCAACGGACUUAGAUUUACUACAAAGAAAAAAUAAAACCUUUCUGUAUCUCCUCAAAGAGGUGGUUUCAGAGACGUUGAUGAAAUUACUGAGCAAUUCAAUAGAAUCCUUAAAGAAAAGAAUGAUUAGAUUGAUUAGUUGAAGAGAUAACUUAACGACCCUGAAGAAAAUGUUAAGAGAGCUGCAAAUAGAGGUGGACCAAGUGAAAACGAUGUAUCCGAGUUAAUUUAGUAGCUCUAAAACUUAAAUGUUGAAUUAACUAAAUCCAGAUAGAAUGAAAUUAGACUCAGUGCUAUGGUUUAGAACUAUGAAAAUUAAAUCAACAAGUUAAGUGAUGCCAACUUGAAACUCUCACAAGAAUUAAAAGAAGUUGGUGAGUAAAACCAAUACCUCGUAUCUCAACUUUAAGGCUAAAACCCAGAAAGCAGAAUCAGAGAAAUAUAAAUCAAGCACGCUGAAGAACUUAAUAAAUUACACGCCUAAUUAAGAGAAGCUUAAUUAAAUGCUGAAAGAAACUAAAAUGAUUAAAUCAACUAAUUGAGAAAGCAAAAUCAAGAAUUAGUCAACGAAAUCGAAAGAUUGACUAGCUUGAUCAAGACUCUCUAGCAAGAAUUAUCUGCUAAGGGUGAUACCACCUAGUUGAAUAUCAUCAUUUAGUAGAGAAACUAAGAGUUAGAUAAUUGGAAGAACAAGUACAACCUUCUUGCUGAAGAAAGAGCUAGAAUGGAAGAAAAGAUUGUUCAAGCCUAAACUGAAAUUAUGCGUCUUGAAAAGUAAGUUGAAAUUUGGAAAGAUCACUGCAACAAGAUUCAAUAAUCUCAUCCUAACUAAGACUAAAGAAUCUAAGAAUUACAAAACAAGAUUGCUGAUUACGAGUCAAAGAUCAACUAACUUGCUAUCGACAAUCAAAGAUUAAACUAAUUAAUCUAGAUUAAGGAUGAAGAAGCUGAUAAAAUCAAAAGAGCUUCCAGACAAAGCAAUGUCGAUUAACGUACUUAUGAUUCUCUUUAAAAUGAAAAUUACUAAUUGAAGAACGAUCUUUCUUCUAAGGAAUUAUUGAUUGUCUAGUUGAAUCAAAGAAUCAGAGACUUUGAAGGCAACGGUUAGAAGACCACUCAAGAAUUAACUCAAAAGAUCUUCAUUUUAACUAAUGAAUUAGAUAAUGUCACUUCCCACUUGAAGGCUCGUAACUAAGAAUACGAAGACUUGUCUAAGAGAUACAACUAAUUACUCUAACAAACCAACUAAAUGACCCAAUCUGGUGAAUUCAAAUAUCAAGAACAACUCAGCAAGUCUAUUUAAUUAGGUCAAGAAGUUGAAAAAUUAGCUGCUCUAACCAGAGCUUAAGCUGAUGAAAUUAAAGACUGGAGAAAUAAGUAUGCUGAUUUGGAAUCUAGAUACAACUAAUAGAUCAUCCUUAUUAGCUAACAAACCAACUAGGAAGUUUAUAGAAGACAAAUCUAAGACUUAGAAGAUUAACUUAGAAGAAAGACUGCAGAAGCCAAUGAAUGGUAAUAGAGUUUCACCAAUCUCUAGGCUCAAAAGGAAAGAGAACUCAAGAACCUCAUGGAAACCUUGAAAGAUGAAAUUAGAAAAUCAAGCUCUAGCUUAAAUCUUUAAAACGACUACAAUAAGCUCAAGGACCAAGUUUAAUUAUUAACCCACUAAAUCGAACAACUCAAUAAGAUUAGUAUCGAAAAGGACAAUGAAAUUCGUCUUUUGAGAAACUAGGCUGGUAACGAUGCUUUAUACAGAGAAAAGAUUAUUAAUAUGGAAAACAAACUUGUUCAACUCACUUCUGAAUUAUAAAACUAGAUCAAUUUGAACUAAAUCAAGGAAAGUGAAAUCGUUUCUUUGAAGCGUUAAUUGGAAGAAGCACGUGGCAGAUACAGUGCUGACAUUGAAACUUAAUUGAUUCAACUAAGAUCAUAAGUUACCACUUUACAACAAUUAUUACAAUAAAAGGAUGAAAUCAUUAAUGAUUUACAAAGAAAGCUUGCUGAGCACGAAGAUCCCGUCAAGAGAUCCAAGAAAGAUAAUGAAACUUAAAGAUUACUCAACUAGAUCCAAGAACUUACUUUUGAUAACCAAAGAUUAACUAAAUUGAACAAUGAAUAAGCAGUUACUAUUGACUAACUCAGAAGAGAUCUUAUCAAUUUACAAUAACAAUCAUAGAAUGUUGUUGAACAAAAUAGAAAAAUUGAAGCUCUUCUUUAUUAGAUCGAAGUUCUUGAAAAGUAACUCAGAGCUGUCGCUGAAGAAAGAGACAACCUUAAGAGAUAAUUGUUAGAAACCGAAACUCUCAGACAAAAACUCAAGGAAUAAGAAGCUCGUGAACUCUACUUGUAAGAAUAAAUUCGUAAUUUGGUUGCUUAAUUAGAAAAUGCUUAAACUGAAAAUGUCAAGAGAGCAGGAAAGGAAAGCCAAAUUAACCAAUAACAAGUCCGCAUCAACGAAUUAGAAAAUUUGAUUUAAGUCCUCAGAGGAGAAAUCGAAAAGCUUAACAAUAUUAUUCGUAUGAAGGAUUAAGAUUUAGAUUCUCUCAAGAGAGAAUCUAACAGAAAGAGUGUUGUUGAUGCCGAGAAACAAUAGCUCGAAAAUAAGAUUCUCUUAUUAGCUAGUGAAAUUGAUAGAUUAUCUAGAUCUCUUCAAGACAAGCACGAAGAAGUCAAUCGUUUGAAAUCUAUUAUUAUUGAGAAGGAUAGCUAACUCUAGUCUCUUCCUCAAUUACAAAGCAGAAUUGCUCUCUUGUAAGAUGAAAAUAAUAGAUUGAAUGCUCAAAUCAAGCUCUUAACUGAAGAAAACAUCAGAAAGCUCACUGAUGAAAACAUUUAACUCCGUUAACGCUUAAAUGAAAUGGCUGACUUUGAAAGACAAAAGAAUGAACUUGAAAACAAAAUUUAAUUAUUGAUUUCCGAACGUGAACGCUUAAAUGGUAUCAUCACCACCAUGACUUAAGAAAAGCUUUCCCUUCAAGCUCAAUUGAAUGACUAUGCUCAAGGUGACCGCAUCAGAAAAGAACUUGAAUACCAAAUCGAAUCUUUGAAGAGAGACAAGCAAAGAUUAGAAGAAGGUCUUACUAACUUGGCCAAUGAAAACAAUGAAUUGAGAUCUCGUCUUUAACAAUUAGGUGAUAUGGAUAGAGUCAGAGGUGAAUUAGAAAAUAAGAUCAAUCUUUUGAUUCAAGAAAAUGAUAGACUCCGUGCUGCUUUGGCUGCUAAGAAUGAAGAAAACACUAAAUUAAUUUUGAAGAUUAACGAUUUAUCCAACUUAGAAAAGCUUAGAGCUGAUCUUGAAGGAAGAAUUAAGAUCUACGGAGAAGAAAACCAAAGACUUAAUGAUAUUAUCAGACGUUUAACUGAAGAUAAUACUAGCUUGUAGACUCGUAUUGCUUAAUUAAGCAAUAUCGAACAAGUCCGUAUCACUUUAGAAGGCUAGAUCAACUUGUUAGUUGCAGAAAAUAAGCGUUUGAAUGAUUUAGUCCGUGCUAAGGAUGAAGAACUUGUCUAGAUUCGUGACAUCAAGACUAGAUUCGAAUUAUUCUAAUUGAGAAACAUCGAUGCCUUAGCUAGAUUGACUAUCACUAUGGCUGAAUUAGAAAGAGUUUCUGCUUAAAGUGUUGAAAAGACUAAUAAGAUUAUUCAAUUAGAAUAGCGUUUGAGAGACAACACAUUAGAAUAUUAAAACCAAGCUUUAUAACAAAAGGUUAAUCUUUUAACUGAAUAAAUCGAACGUUUAGUUAGAGAAUUAGAAAAUGCUCGUAACGAAUUAAUCUAGGUCUCUAGAAAGUGCCAAAGCUUAGAAAUCGAAAAGCAAACUUGGGAUGCUCAAAGAGCUCAAUAUGAAUAAACAAUUGCUUAAUUGCAUGCUGAAAUUUAACGUUUAAGAGAACAAGCUGAUGAAGGUGAAAAAGUCAAGAGAAGUAAACAAAACUAAGAUAACAGAGUUGCUCAAUUAGAAGCUGAAAAUAAGUAUUUAUAAGACCAACUUGAAAAGUUAAGAAAUGAUAACAACCAACUUCUUUAACAAGUCAGCUAACUCACAUUAACUCUUCAAUAAUUACAAGCUAAAUUAAAUGACAACACUUUAUAAAUUUAAAACUAAGAACUUCAAAAUAGACUCAAUGCCAAGACUGCUGAGCUUGAAAGAGUUGCUCAAGAACUCUAACGUCUUAGCUAAUUAAUCAAUGAAUUAACUUUAGAAGUUAACAGACUUAAAUCUGAAAAUGCUGGAUUUGAAGUUACCAAGAGAGCUCUUGAAGGCAGAAUCUAAGAACUCGCUUCUAGAUUGGAAAUGUUGACUGGUGAAAUCAAUAGACUUAACUAACUCAAUGGUGAAUUAUCUUACAAGCUUUCUUCUUCUGCCACUAUCAACGAAAGAUAUGCUAGACUUUCUGAUGCCUAUGUCCUCUAAUGCGCUUUAUCUGAAUCAUUGUCCAAAAAGGUUUCUGACCUUAUUGGUUUCCAAAACGAAGCAGAUGAACAUAGAAAGAGAGCUUAACGUCAAAGUUAAGAUAACGAAGCUCUUAUUCAAAGAAUUAACUAACUUGAACAAUUAUUGGCUGAAAAAGAUAGAGAAUUACAAAACUUAAAGGUAGCCAGCUAAAAUGUUAGCAUCCUUCAAAUGUAACUCCAAUAAUCUAACCAAGAUAAAGAAAAUUUAAUUAAGAGAAUCAGAGAAUUAGAAAAUAUUCUUGGAGAAAGGGAUAAAGAAAUUGCAGGUUUGAGAAAUGCAAACAGUUAAGUCAACCUCCUUCAAAUUCAAAUUUAAUAAUACGAAAACUAAAUUAACGACUUGAAGCGCAGACAUGCUGAUGAACUCGAAAAUGUAAAGAGAUAAUACGAAGGUCUUCGUCAAUCUACUGUCAAUAGAGAAAUCAAUGAGCUCACAGUUAAGUUCAACAUUCGUAUCCAAGAACUUGAAAGAGAAAUCCAAAAAUACAAAUCUCUCUCAGAAUAAUAUGAAAAUGAAUUACGUGCUCAACGUCAAUAAAACUCUGAACUUCUCCAACGUUUGGUUGAUGCUGAAAACCGUGCUCGCGAUUCUGAUGAAUAAGUCAAACGCUCUAGAGCUGGUCAAUAAUAGGUCAAUAAUUUGGAAGAAAAUCUCAGAUUCGUAACUGCUGAAUUAGAAAAGUAGAAGAACCUUUUAGCUGAAGAAAAGAAUAAGAAUGCCUAACUUGAAAGUCAAAAAUCUAUUUUAGCUAUGGAAAUCGAACGUCUUAACACCAUCUUGAAAGAAAAGCUCAUUUUAAUCGAAGACUUCUAACGUCGUGAAGCUGAAUAUGAAAACUAAUUGAGAGAAUUGCAAGCUAGACUUGCCUCUGUUGCUGAAUUAGAAAGCAAACUCCAAUUCUUCAACAACUAAAUCUAGACAUUGAACUUCAGCUUGGAGUAAAAGGAAAAGGAAAAGCAAGCACUUGGUCAACAUUUAGUUGAACUUCAACAAACUAUUGAAUAAUUAAGAGCUGAAAAUACUUAAGUUGCUGCUUUCAAAUACUAAGUUGAAAAUCUCUCACGUGAAAACGAAGCAUUAAAAUAACGUCUUGUUGAACAAUAACAAACUAUCGACAAGUUAAGAGCUGAAGCUUCAUAAUUCGCUUCUCUUAAGUUCUAAGCUGAAAACUUAUAACGUGAAAAUGAAGCUUUGAAACAACGUCUCGUUGAACUCUAACAAACUGUUGAUAAACUAAGAGCAGAAGCUGCUUAAUUCGGAAGUCUUUAAUACUAAGUUGAAAAUCUCACUCGUGAAAAUGAAGCAUUAAAGCAACGUUUGGCCUAAACAGCAGAAACUCUUAGCUAAUAAGUAGCUCAAAACAGCGAACUUUAAAGAAGAGUUCAAUAACUAGAAAGCGAACUCCAAUUACUCAAGAUGUAAUUAGAAGGUGAACGUGAAGAUAACAAGGUCAAGAGAAGCAGAAACGAUAAGAAUAAUGAAGAUCUCUAAAAGGUCAUCCAACAACUCCAAUAAGAAAUUGAAAAUUUAAGAAGAGAAAUUUAAGCUCGUGAUUAGAAGAUUGCUGAACUCUCAAAUGCAAGCUACACCAUUCAAAUACUCCAACAUGAAAAGGAAGAUUUGAUCAGAAAGUUAGAUGCUAUUAGUUAGGUAUAUGCCAAAUCUUAGACUGAUCUCUAAAACAGUCUCCAAAAGGUUGUUGUCCUUUCAGCUCGUGUUGAAAGCUCUGAUGAAGCAAACAAGAAUCUUACUGCCUAAGUUCAAAUUCUUUCUCAAUCUUUACAAAAUAAGGAUUAAGAAUUAAGAAACUUGAUGAUUGCUUACUAAGAACUCCAAGUUAAAUUUGGUCAAGAAUAAGAAAAUUCUCGUCGUAGCUCUUCAAUGGCUUCUUCCAAGUUCAUUCAAGAAAGAGUUUAAUUGGAAGCUGAAAUUAACAGACUUAAAAACGAAUUAGCUAUCAUCGAACACAAGCAUAACCUCACAAUUGAAGAAAUCAAGCGUUAGAUGGAAGUAUAGCUUUCUGAAGAACUCAGAAAGUAACUUGCUGCUGCCAAGGCUGAAUAUGAAAGAAGAUUAAACGAUGCCCUCAACGCUCAACAACAAUAAUACGAAGAUGACCGUGUCAAGAGAUCUAAAUAACAACAAAAGGAAAAUGAUGAUCUUAAGAACUAACUCUAAUUAACUAUAUAAAUGCAACUUGAAUAACAACUUGCUGAAGUUAAGGCUAGAAUGGAAGCUGAAAGAAGAAGACUUGAAGAAGAAAAUGCCAUGCUCAGAGCCAGAGUUUAAUAAUUAGAAGACUAAUUGUAACAUGCUUUGGUUAACGAAGAAGAAAUCUUAAAAUUCAAGGACUUGAUCCAAUAACUUCAAAUGCAAAAACUUAAGGAUAUCUCUGAACUCUAACAAAAAUUAGAAGAAUACAGAAGCUUACACGUCAAUGCUGGUGGUUCUCUUCAAGAUGCAAUCAAGACAUCCUUCCAAACUGAAAUUCAAUAACUCAGAGACAAGGUCCAAUAACUCAACUAGAUUCUCGAAGUCAAGAGCAAGGAAAAUAACGAGCUCUAAAGUGCUAACCUCAACCUCAUGAGAGAAAGAUCAGAAAUAAAGAAAUCUAUGACAUCAUCCAACUCUAACAUUCAAUUCACCAUGGAAAUUGAAUCUCUCAAGAGAUAACUUAUUCAAUCUAAUGAUAGAACUUAAGAAUAUGAAGCCAGAAUUAAAUCUUAUGAAGGUAAACUCAAUCAAUAUGAAUUACAACUUUCUUAAGUUGUUAAUGAACUCAAGCAAACUCAAGAUAUCCUCAAUAUUAAGAAGAUGGAAAGAGACAAUGCUUUCAAUCAAAUGGAUUAACUUAAGAGCUAGACCCUCAGCAUGUCACAAGCUUUAUCUCAAGGAAGCAACGAUGUUGAUCUUUAAAAUAUUGUUUUCUUAAAGAAGGAAAUUGAGAAUUUAACUGUUGAAAAAGAAAUGUAUAAGUCCUAAUCAGAAAAGAACUAUGCUGAACUCAAUAGAAAGAACGAAGAAUUGGUUAGAAAGAUUGAAGAAUUAAAUAACGUCAAGCUCCAAUAUCAAUAAAAUAAUAACAAGAUCUAUGCCCUUGAAAAGGAACUUCUCAAAAAACUUGAAACUGAAGAAAUCCAUAUCAUGUGA